UUUGAACAGUGACUAAAUUUGUCUGCUUAGGGACAAAGAUGAUACCCUCUACCCAGAGUGUGUGUGUGUAGUAUUUACAGAUUAAACGUUUCAAAAUUCAGUGUUUCUUGAGAAAGGGACUCACUUUUCUUUGCAUUCUUCAACUUCAGUUCUGGUUUUCCAGGUUUGCCAUUGCUGUGUGUUGUGUUUGUUUCUGCAAUCUGCCCAGCAAUGCAAUGAGUUCAUCCCUGUGAAGGUGGAAACAAAGAUGAACAAUGGUGGCAGGAGUAAUUUGCAGCAGGCCAUGAAAGCUUCUCCUAUCAAGCAUGAAAAAAAGAAAUGGGAAGUGCAAAGUGACAAGAGAAUGUAUGCAGAGAGGCCAGCUGCAAGUAGGAGAAAAGCAAUGGAAGAUAGAAAAGUGGCACUGUUACAAGAUGUUGAUAAGCUAAAGAAGAAGCUCAGGCAUGAAGAGAAUGUUCACCGAGCUCUCGAGAGAGCCUUUACAAGACCUUUGGGAGCUCGCCCUCGCCUGCCUCCUUAUCUUCCAUCUGCUACGCUGGAGCUUUUAGCCGAAGUGGCUGUAUUGGAGGAGGAGGUUGUUCGGCUUGAAGAGCAAAUCGUGCAUUUCAGGCAAGGAUUAUAUCAAGAAGCUGUCUAUGUUUCAUCGUCCAAGAGUAAUGUGAGCAGCGAUGGGCCAUUGAAGGAGAACGACUCGUGCUUUUCAACGACAAACAACCACAAACCGCCUAAUUUGAAAGCCCAAACUGUCAGAACUCACUUGAACAGACUUCCCAUCGAGCAAACAUCAGUGGAGAAGCGUUUAGACCUGCAGAGAGGACAGCCAGAUGGGAAUAUUGUGGAACACGGGAGAGCAGAAGAGAGGGAUUUUGUCACUCGGGAUAGAGAACCAUCCCGGGAUUGUAGUCCAAACGAAAUUUCUGAGAGCACUUUGAAAUGCUUACUGAAUAUUUUCUCGAAAAUGAGCUCCAAAGAGAGGUGGAGUUCAGCAGAAACACUAUCGUGUAAUAGCACAGUGACUGCAGAGUUUAAGGACCCUUACAACAUUUGCUCGAAGUUUGGGAGAAGAGAUAUCGGUCCAUAUAAGGACUUAUUCGUUGUUGAAGCUGCAUCGAUCAAUCCAAACCGAUCAAGAAUAUCUGUUUUUCUUGUUCGUAGAUUGAAACUUCUCCUCGAGAAACUUGCAUCAGUCAAUCUGAAAGGCCUCUCUCACCAGGAGAAGCUUGCAUUCUGGUUAAACAUCUAUAAUUCAUGCAUGAUGAAUGCAUAUCUAGAGAAUGGAAUUCCUGAGAAUCCCGAAAUGGUGGUGGCGUUGAUGCAAAAGGCAACCAUAAAUGUUGGAGGGCAUUUGCUCAACGCGAUUACCAUUGAGCACUUCAUUCUAAGGCUGCCUUACCACUCGAGAUAUGUUUUCGCAAAGGGUGUAAAGAAUGAUGAGAUGACAGCACGUAGCCUCUUCGGUUUGGAGUUCUCUGAGCCAUUGGUGACCUUUGCUCUCUCUUGUGGAAGUUGGUCAUCCCCUGCAGUGAGAGUCUAUACUGCAUCCAAGGUCGAAAGCGAGCUAGAAGUGGCGAAAAGAGAGUACCUGCAGGCAACCAUCGGGGUAUCAAGAAACGAGAAACUGGUGGCAAUACCGAAGCUGUUGGACUGGUACUUGCUCGAUUUCGCCAAGGAUAUGGAGUCACUGCUGGAUUGGGUGUGCCUUCAGCUACCAACUGACCUGGGAAAAGAAGCAAUUACCUGUAUUGAGAGAAAGAAUGAUGAACAUCUUUUGCAGGUUCUCCAGAUCAUGCCAUAUGAGUUUAGUUUCAGAUACCUCAUCAGCAUAUGAAUCUUGUUUUCCUUUGUUUUUCUUCAUUUACACUGAUUCAAAAGCUUUGAAGUUAGACUGUCAAUAUAUAUAUAGAAAUACUAGAGGUGCAUAGAGUGAUUGAAGUAUAUGUGAUUCUUUUAUCAAGGUGCUCGCUUUCAUCUGAAUGAAACUAAUCUAGUGUUGAGCA